AAGAUUUUGGAGCUGGUCAAUACUGGAGCAUAGAUAAAACACUUCUUAAAAGGACAAUCCACAAAUAAUCUGGCCUUAGAUACAAUGGCCCCACAGAAGGACAUACCCAAUGUCCACAUUUUCAGCACCAGGGUUGGAGAUGUGAUUGUCCGCCCGGAUCUGAAUUGUUACCUGCUCCUGCCUCCUUUGCCGACCUCGCCUUGUGCCGAUCUGCGUCCUCUCCACUCUUCUUUAAGGGGCGGCCAACACUAUUUCGGCUCCCGAUGGCACAACUCCAUCUACAUCAUAAAAGACAACAAAAUCCUGGAAGCUGAAGACCUCCACACUGGGACCAGCAAAGAACCUCGUCUUUUGCACCCCAGUUGCUGUGAUGGGCAGCAUUACUUUGCCAUCACCAGUGGAUCCUUUGGCAUCAUCUUCAGCCCAGGCAGUGUCACAGCGGUGAAAGACCUGACAACAGGGGAACCAGACCUAGCCACUGUUCCGGGACAACAUUGGUGGUCCAAAGAGAAGAUGGAAAGCCACCAGAGCUACCUCUAUUGGCAACUGCAGGACAACUUCAGCGGAGAGCUCUUUUCUUUCCAUCCCAGUUUCCUCAGCUUCUUGCUGGGGGGUCUUGGCUUCCUUAAAGGGUCGGCGUUUGGGGCUUGGGAACUGGUGGACACCAUCCACAACCACUCCGACGACCCCAUCACCAGCACGCAAGGCAUCUUCAUGAAGGUGGGCUGCGCCAAGGAGAAACUUGCCAACAUUGGGACCAGUUGGACGGCCUCGCUGUCGGAUUCUCCAGACCCCGGCUCCAUUGCCAUUGCAAUAGCCAAGUCCCAGUUUGCGUUACCCAUCCAAUACGGAGGUCUUGGCCUCGACGCAAAGCAGGAGGAAUGGGAAGAAGCCUGCGAGGUUGAGAUGAGUGUACAAUUCGCACUGCAACCCAAUGAAGUUUCCUAUGUGUGGCAAUACCAGCUGGGUCUUGGGAAAGAAGUCAUUUUGUUUUGUAGACAAAUCAAAGUUACCAACAGUCGCGAUCCUCCCAGUGAGAUCCCCUUGCUUCCUUCCUCCUAAAUUUUAGCUCAAUUGUUGCUGUAGUUCACGCAUGGGAUGUUGUGGUUCAGCCAGCUGAUGAUAAUGAGGGGUUUGGAGGUACAGGGCCUGCUGGU